CCUUUGAACUAACACGUUUCGUAUAACAAUACGGUCACCACACUUCCUUGUGAUCAGAUUCCAGUUACAAAUUCCCUGCCGAACAGUAUUUUGUAAAUCUCGCAGUGUUUUGACGACUUCGCGGAGACUUUAACGGAGAACGUUAAGCUAUGAUGAAGAUUUUAUUCAGAACAGUGUUCUUAUGUUUUUGUGUAAUAAUAGAACCAAAUGCAGUACAAGCAUUAGGGUGCAGGAAUGGAUGGAUACAGUUUGAAAGUUCAUGCUACUUUUUUUCGAAUGACGUGGAAACAUGGGCAGAGGCAUCUAUCAUUUGUGCCGAUCUGAAAGGUCACCUUGCCACUGUUAAUUCGGCUGCCGAGAAUUCCUUCCUGAAGGCACAGGCAAACGUUUUAAAACAAACAGGAUACUGGUUAGAUGGCAACGAUUUUGAGGUAGAGGGUUCUUGGCGUUGGACUACAUCUGACGAUCUAAUAACGUUUAAUGACUGGCACAGUGGAGAACCAAACCAAGGAGCAUCAGCAGACUGUUUGGCCCUUUGGAGAGACCAUGCGUACCAGUGGGCUGAUGAACCCUGUCGACAUGUCUGGAACUUCAUUUGCAAAACGAAUAGCAUCGGGGACGGCGAACAGGCCAUCGGAUAGCACUCAAAUAUAUUUGCUUCAAACACAAUUUUAAAAACAUUGGCCAAAAAACGGAAUUCUCGUUAAAAUUCAAUAAAACACAGAAUCAAAACUGUUGAUUUUGAUUUCGUUAUAAAAAAUAUAGAAUACU